CGCUGCGUCACCUGACGUCAUCAGCUAUGGCCGACAAGGAGAAGCGCCGGGCCGGGGCUGCUCCUCCGGUGAUGCCCGAGGGCAAAGCCACCAAAUCGGACGGUGACAGGGAGUUUCUGUCGCAAGCGGGAGUGGGAGAGCUGCUCCGCGGGGCCAUCCUGAAGAUGGUGGAGGCCAAGUCGGACGACCCCAUCGGGUUCCUUGCGGACCACUUCUGCAACCUCGCCUCCGUGUCAGAGACCGGCACGGCUGGAUGCGGAGACGGGGAUCACCUGAACAACGGCCCGGUGAACGCAGGCGCACAGGAGCAGCAGCACCUCAACCGGGCGCUGUGGCACCUGCGGCUGGCGCACCACUCCCAGAGUUCGGCCUUCAGCAACAACGUCCGUGUGGCUUUUGACCUUUUGAACCUCACUGGGGCCCCCAGACGUUCAGGUGAGGCUCCUGAAGGACCUGCUGAUGGUUCCUGCACCCACAGCCCCACAGAGGGAGGAGCAGGAGGAGGAGGAGUGAAGGGAGGCCUCUACACACAGACUCUGCAGUGCCUUUGCAGUGAGGGUGGAGUCCCUGCCUCCACCUCCGCCCCCCUCCUCCAACGCCUCCACUGCCAAGACCACGAGGCCGUCCCUUAUGAUAUCUUCCGUCACGGUGUGCUCACAUGUGCAGUUUUCUCAGACUACAUCCGGCAGGCUCAGAGGCUUUAUGCUGAAGUGUGCUGCCCGGAUGAGGGGCCUGCCUCGCGGGCGCUGUGCCUGUCCGUGCUCGGGACCCUAAAGGAAGCCCUGGAGACUUCCCAAGGCUGUGAGGCAAACUGCUGUGUCAAUGCUAAUGCUAAAGUGAAUUCCUGUCUGGAGGCUAACGUGAAGGCUUUACGCUACCUGGAGGCCAGUGCCAAGAUCUCUCCGUACAAAUUAGGUCAGGCCAUGGCUGGAGCACAGACGCGAGGCCCGGGUGGUAAUAUGGACGCAAAGGAGUUUGAGAACGCAGCGGCAGAACUUUUUAUCACUCGGGUGAAAGUUGUGUCCUAGGUUUCUUGUCUAUUUCCACAUAAUUUAUGAAUGUACAACAAUCUAAAGUAUAUACUAGAGUAAAUUAAUACCCUCCUCUAACCUCUAACCUACACUAACAGAUAUAAACCGCCGGUCUAGACACUUUAUCCCAUAAUUAAAUUUAUUUUGGAGAACACUAAUUGUAGAACUUGUUUGUUGUCUUUUUAUUGAUCUUAUUAAAGAGGAAGAGAUAAGAAAUCAGCGUCGGGUGUGACUAAGCAAACCGCUACUGUGCCGUGGAAAGGACAAGGAGUUCUUUACUAAAUGUAUUCCUUGAGAUCAGCAUUGAUCUUGACAGUUUCCAUUACUGUUCAGGCCUUUCCUUAAAAUGCUGAGAUUAGAAAGUAACACUCUGUACUGAUCUACUUCUAAUGCAAUCCAAUACAACAACCUUGUAAUAAAUCAUAUUUUUGGUUGAGAGGGAUGUUGAUUAGGAACUCUGUGUCCUCUUGCUGCUGUAUUGCAUUAUUUAAGUGUUUCUAUUUUUUUUAUUUUUAUGAUUUAUUAGAGAACCCGUUUGUCAUGAGCAAAUCUCAUAUGUUACCCUUGUGAAGGCAUUGUAGCAGAAAUAUUUUCGGGGGAAUA